GACCCAACCAUGCUAAAACUCCGCAACCAUAUAGACUCACUACUCUCCUACUUAACCCCCCUACUGCCGCUUGCAAACUGCCACAUGGUUGAGUUCCUGACCCACAACCAUUGGGAGACACUCCUGCCUAAACGGUUGAGGGAAACGCUGGAUGGAAUGGACUUGGAAUGGGCUGUUGAGGAGUUUUGGAAUGUGCAGAGUGAUGAGUGUGACAAAUCACCUCUCGGCCUGUGGGUACAUACGGCACGCAAGCACUGUCUGUCAGUGAACAAUGAGUACUGCUUGUCAGUAGACCAGCUAGAACAACGCAUCAGAGACAGAGGCGGAGUGUUGCCACAGGAGAUCCCAGUCAAGGAGUUCAUGAACCCUAAGAAGAGUUACGAGGUUCGCAUCAUGUCACGCCUGCUAUCGUCUCUCCACCACAUGGUAUCGGCAACUUGCUCGGUGGAGGCCGGCGGAGGCCGCGGCCAUCUGCUGGUGACCGCCAGCCAUGGUUACAAGCUGCGUUGCCUCACUGUGGACUGCGAUAGAACUAGUCUAGCCAGUGCUGAGGCGAGGGGCAAACUGAUUCAGAAACAAUGGCACGCCAUAUCCAACACCGGGUCCCGCGGAACGGGACACCUCCACCGUUUCGCGCAACUCUUUGUCACCGAGAAUACUGACCUGGCGUCGGUUGUGAGGGAAAACUUCCCUGAGCUCGCACACGAGGAUGUCAAUGUGAUGCUCACAGGCCUCCACACUUGUGGCGACCUAGGCCCCUCCUCCCUACGAAUAUUCGUGUCCCAGUCAACCACGAGUGCUAUAUUCAACGUGCCCUGUUGCUACCAUCUCCUCAGCGAAGAGAUAACACAAUCGACAUUCUUCGAAGACUUGCAGAGCGCAAGCGGAGCUGGGUUCCCCAUGUCAGAGUAUCUUAGAGGCUUCACGCUGGGCCGUAACGCUCGUAUGGUGGCCGCUCAGUCUCUAGAGCGGGUGGUAGCGAGGCGCGAGCUGCCGGCACGCAGCUUAUUAUACCGCGCUAUGUUGCAGGCAAUUAUUAAGAAGCACAAACCCGACUUCGUAUUAACAGAAGGCAGACUGAAGAGAGUAGGAGCUAAAAGCCGAAACUUCGAAGAGUACUUCAAAAUAGCCGACUCCAUCUUAAAAUUAGACCUUUUUCAUACUUUACCUGCAGAUUCUUUGACGGUAACGGAUUGUCAGUGGAAAAAUAUGGUUUUAUUUUAUUUAAUAAGAUUAUGCUUAGCUCAGGUAAUAGAGAGUUUAAUAUUAUUAGAUAGAUUACUGUUUUUGAAAGAGAAUGGUUUUGAUAAUACGUUUUUGGUUAAGCUGUUCGAUCCUGUGUUGUCGCCGCGAUGCCAUAGCAUUGUAGCUAUAAGAUGAAAUAUAUAUAUUUUUAU